CCAGCGCACGCUAUAACUAGAGCGGCGAGCGCAUCUCGCCAGGCGUUUACUUUUUUUUCUUCUUCUCCCUUUUACACCAUGAAGAGAGUGAUGGUGCGGCUGCUGUGGGCGCUGGCAGGACUCCUGUUGAUGCUUUCCCUUGUGACAAGCAGCACUGAGCCCCAAUGUAACUUGUAUAAUCUACCUGGAUGCCCAAGGAAUUUUAAUCCAGUUUGCGGAACUGAUGGAGAAACAUAUGCAAAUGAAUGUAUGCUUUGUAUGACAAACAGAGAAAAGGACAACGACAUACAAAUUGCCUAUAAGAGUGCCUGUUCAUGAGAGGAGAUUCAAGGAACAGAAAAACAAAACCCAUAAUCCGCUGAAAAGUUGAAACCAUACUUUAAAUGUGCCUUUAAAGCUGUUAAAAUAAAUGCAAGCUUCCAUGCUUUUAUCCAGCUUCUGCAUCUGCUUACUUCAAAUGUUGUGUUGAAAGAAUUUUUCUUUAAUUUUGUGAUGGGUUUUUGUUUUUAGAUAUAAACCUCAUUUUUCAAAGAAAUCAUUUUUAAACAACAGAAGGCAUAAGUACUGUAGAUCAAACUUAAAUUCAAACUUAAAUAAAACUCGACAACUCUUAGCCUUCAACUAAGGGAUGAAGCCAAAAAAUGCUCCUUUAUGUUUUCUUAGACUGAGGAAAUCAAUAUUUGGAACCAAAUAUAGUUUCUAGCAAGGAGAAUUUGCUCCUUCUCUGAUCAUAAAUGGAAGUAAUUUGGUCUCAUCUCGUUAUGAUCUUCCUGGAAGGCAAUGCCUUUCGGUCUUUUGGCAUCCCUUGUUAACAUGCAACAUUCUCACAGGCUUAUACAGCUAUUGUAUGAAUACACACAGGCAUAUAUUUGGCAAAAAAAAGUCUAUAGAUUUAUACUUAUAUGCACCAUGAAACCUUGGCCACAUAGAGCUGUAUUACAUAGCUGAUCUGCCUGACAUGCAGUCAUGUGAUGGGAGGGCAGUAUGACCAUUUAUGAUAGUUGGUGGUGCUUUAUGGACUGUAAAGCAUCUGUUCCAUGGCUGUUGUAACUUUGGUCAUAGAACAGCCAGUUGUUGAGUAUUACUUGUAUUCCAAACGUCAUACAAAUAAUUAAUUUCUUCCUUAACAAUACCUUUUGUCUAUUAAAAAUCUAUAAAUCUUAAAAAAAAUCAGUACUGAUAAUAAUUCAGGUGUUAUUCAUGCUGUUGAAGUAUCUGUACCAAAAUAGGAAAUAAAAACUUGUUUUGAUUGUA